GUCGGUUUCUCUCCUUGUCGUCUCUUUACAAUGAUUUUGAAACAAAAUACAAAUUAACCCUGGGCAGAUGCCUACCUACAGUUUCUAUCAAAUCAAUGAAAUAAAGAUAGCUAGGAGCCAGACUUGCCUAACCUUUUUCACCUGCACUGGCCUGAAAGCCAAUAUUUUGGGACGAUUCUAUGGGGAGAUUGUCUAGCCAAGCCAGCCCUAUCAAGUCAGUGCAGACGAAGAAAAGGAGAGGAAGCAAUGGACUUUAGACUUUUGGGAUGAUACACCUCUGGUUAAAGUUUAUCUGGAGGCGUGCAGCUGUUAAACUUUUUCACUUCUCUCUGUGAAAUCAGCACAGGCCUACUCUAGUAAGUAAUGGAGAUUCCAGUAUUCACUGUUGAUGCGUUUACCAACAUACCUUUCAAAGGAAAUCCUGCAGCAGUUUGUCUGCUUUUACAUGUAAGUAUACUUUUUUUCUACUUGGGCAAAUAAAACAUGAUUACAUGUCAUUGCAUAUGGUCAUGAAUUGCUGAAUAAUCAACAUGAGUAUUUGCUUUAAGUUAUCUUACCACAGGUAUACUUAAACAUUACCAAUGUAAUCAUGCAAAAAAAUACUGUUGACUGUUCUCAACCAAAAGGAAUUGCAGGAUGAUAUGUACCAGAACAUUGCUGCUGAGAUGAACCUGUCAGAGACUGCCUUCAUCAUACCGCUGAAUUCAAAAGAUGACUUCAGCUCAGGUAUCUUUUUCUGGACAUUCUGAAAUAGAGUUGAAACUUACAAAUGUAUUCUAUUUAAAAAGGCAUGCCACUUUUACAUUUUUCUGUGCAGAAAUGUGCAAAUCUGCCAUCUGGUGGUAAUCUAUUUUAUUGCAAUUAACCAAGAGUGGGUGACUGAUGCCAACGAGAGUAGAUGGGGAUUGAGGAAAGAAAAUGUAAAUCAACUCACCACAACUUACUAAAAUGGCGGACAUGGUAACUUGUAUGUGUUGUAUUGAAGGCGCACGCUUCAGUUUGCGUUGGUUCACCCCCACCACUGAGGUUCCUCUGUGUGGACAUGCCACCCUGGCUUCAGCUGCAGUACUGUUUAACAAAAAAAGGAAGAAUGACAUAUUUAAGCAAUAAGGCACGAGGGGUGUGGUUGUCAACACGGCAACGCGGAGUGCCUGGAUACAGCCCUUAGCCGUGUUAUCUUGGCCAUAUACCACAAACCCCCAAGGUGCCUUAUUGUUAUUAUAAACUGGUUACAAACAUAAUUAGAACAGUACAAGUAAAUGUUUUGUCAUACCUGUGGUAUACGGUCUCAUAUACCACUGCUUUCAGCCAAUCAGCAUUCAGGGCUCGAACCACCCAUUUUAUAAUACAGUAUCUCACAUGUAAGCAAGUGAAUUGCAACAAGUACACCCUUUCUGUAUAGACUGCAAUUAAAUUAUCUGUUUCUAUCCCACGAACCCCUUCCUACAGAAAAUGUCAACUCAACAGUGGUAUUUGAGACAUUGAGUGGCGAGCUGUAUGUGCGACAACAGGGGGAAUCUAUAGUGAUGGAUUUCCCCCUGAACAAACCUACUCCUCUGGUAGGUGAUGGAAUCAAUGUGGUACAUUCAUGUUCAACAUGUUAUAUACACUGAGUAUACCAAACAUUAGGAACACCUACUUAAUAUUGAGUUGCACGCCCUUUUUGCCCUCACAACAGCCACAGUUCGUCGGGGUAUGGACUUUACAAGGUGUCAAGCGUUCCACAGGGAUGCUGGCCCAUGUUGACUCCAAUGCUUCCCACAGUUGUGUCAAAUUGGCUGGAUGUCCUUUGGGUGGUGGACCAUUCUUGAUGCACACGAGAAACUGUUGAGCAAACUGUUCAGCUCUUGACACAAACUGGUGCGCCCGGCACCUACUACCAUACCCUGUUCAAAGGCACUUAACUUUUGUCUUGCCCAUUCACCCUCUGAAUGGCACACAUACACAAUCCAUGUCUCAAGGCUUACAAAUCCUUCUUUAACCUGUCUCCUCCCCUUCAUCUACACUGAUUGAAGUGGAUUUAACAAGUGACAUCAAUAAGGGAUCAUAGCUUUCACCUGGAUUCACCUGGUCAGUCUGUCAUGGAAAGAGCAGGUGUUCUUAAUGUUUUGUGCACAUGCUAUUAUAUGUAUUGCAUAAAAGCCUUUGCAUAUCAAUGUCACUUUUUUUCUAAUUUUUCUAAUUGAAGCUUCAUGUCAGCAGGGUCUCAAUGAAUUUAAAGACAUAGUUAAAGUAAGUGCAUCAUCCUUCUCACCACUGUUUCUAUAAUUUAUGGUGAAGAAUAAGACUUGUUGUGUCCAUGACAGUCUGAAUUUGUAUGUACAGGCUGCUGUGGGAGACCAGCCAGUUCAAGAAGUGUGCCUCUGUGGCACCACCAAAAUGCUAAUGGUGCGCCUUGCUGACAGUUGUGACAGGUAACAUUAAAAAAUAAAUAAAAGCACUCAUACAUUAUUCAUUAUCCCUGGGGUGUUGGGAAACAGAGAGGACGGAAGGGCAACUUAACCUGAAAGGGAUUGAAACAGUGACUCUUGGGUUAUAGGUCAGUGCUCACGUCCCUGCAGCCAGACCCAGCAGUUCUGCUCCGUGUAGACACUGGCGGGAGGGUUAGGUGUCUGCUUGUCACCGUGAUCGGAGACCCUGGCUGUCAGCCUGGCUAUGACUUCUACUCCAGAAACUUUUUUCCCUGGUUCGGGGUUCCUGAGGACCCUGUGACUGGUAAGAACAGCGGACAUUGGCCAGUCUUAUUCUGUAGGCUUGUAGAAAGUAAACAUUAAGGUGUAUUUUUAUUUUAUUUAUUUUUUAACAUAAUUGCAGGCUCUGCGCAUACUGUCCUUGCAGGCUACUGGUCAGAGAAACUUGGCAAGAAAAAGAUGCUGGGUGGGUAAUCUAAACAGUAUUGCAACAUGGAGUUCAAAUUCCAUUGCAUUUACAAUACAUUUACAGAUAUUGAUGGACAGGUACAUCUUGAGUCGAGUAAAAUCCAAUCAAUAAUCAUGUAAAUGGCAUAAUUCGAAGAACUGACACUAACACACUAUAUUUUCCCCCUGUGUGACAGCCUAUCAGUGCUCUAGCCGUGGUGGGGAGCUGGAGCUUGAGCUAAAGGAUGAUGGCAGGCUGAAUAUCGCUGGCCAGGCAGUAACAGUCCUGCAGGGGAUUCUCACUGUGUAGAGACUAUACUGUUCACUCAGACCUAGGCAUGUAUACAAUAGGAGCGUAGCAAUUCAAUAAAAAAAACUCUGUCUACA